AUGCGUCAGGUUAUCGUAUCUACGAUUCUGGGACUGGCCACUGCAGCUCAACUUCCCUCAGCUACCUAUCUUCCUCAAAGAUUUGAAUCAGGGUCAAACAAUCUAGGUGGCCUGAACGGUCAGGGUUCAGGUAACACCCGCCCUCAACAAGCCUUGGAAAGAAAUUCAGCGAUAUUAAAACUGGAUCAAGAAAUCGGAGAAAAUGGUUUCCGCUAUUCUUAUGAAACAUCUAAUGGCAUCCAAGCUGAAGAAGUUGGUAAUGCAGGUCAAACUAGAGGAGCAUUCGCUUACAAAGGUGAUGAUGGCAAGGUUUACUCCGUGACCUUCACAGCUGGAGAAGACGGUUAUAGACCCCAAGGUGAUCAUCUUCCAGUACCUCCACCAACUCCUGAGGAAAUCUUGCUGGCUCUAAAGCAGAAUGAGCAAGAUGAAGCUGCCGGUAUUUUUGAUGAUGGUCAAUACCGUCCAGACAACGACCAGGCUAAGGGUGGACAACAGUUUGGUUCUGCCAACCGUCAAGGAAGCUUCAAUUCCAAGUCUGGAUACAACUACUAAACUAAAGCUGUGAUGUAAAUGUGUGUAUUUUGUAAAUUAAUAAGUAAAUUUUCAAGUUUUGAUUACA